CACCCUCAGAUAUUGGCAUGCAGAGUUUAAAAUAUUAAUAAACAUAACGUAAUGUCACGUGGUGCUUUUUUCUAGUUCAACACUAGUACGUAUUAUCUGCUCAUCUUUACAGCUUAUAAGUGUUAACAUUGUCGUCAACGAGAGUGACUCCUCUGUAUAUUAUACUACUCUGCACGUUAUACGACGAUCCUGUUAAGUCGAAGUACUGUAUUAGGCAAUUGUUUCGAAAUGGAUACCAGACAAUUUGAUAUUGUUGUUUUUGGUGCUACCGGAAUGACGGGACAAUACGUAUUCGAAGAGUUAGCUAAAGUUUCUAAACGUGAAAAUAUCAAAUUUGCAUUAGCGGCAAGAAACGAGAACAAAUUAAAAAGUGUAAUAAAGGAAUCCCAAAAGUAUCUUCAAUCUCUUGGAGAAACAAUAGAUAAUGUGCCCACAAUCAUCGCUGAUAUUAAUAGUGAAAAUUCGUUAUUAAAUAUGUGCAAAAGGACCAAAGUGCUGUUGAAUUGUGUAGGAUCCUUCUAUUUACUGGGCGAAGCUGUCAUUAAGACAUGUAUUGUUACCGAAACUCAUUAUUUGGAUGUAGCUGAAGAAUCGAUGUUUCUUGAACAAAUGCAAUUAAAAUAUCACGAAGAGGCUAGAAGAAAAGGGAUAUAUAUUCUUGGUGCUUGUGGAUUUGGCAAUAUCAUCUGCGAUUUGGGAAUCUCAUUAAUUAAAAGAAAAUUUCAAGGUGAUGUAAAUUCUGUAGAAACGUAUUGUGAAUUUACUUGUGGAAGUCAGCGCCGAAAUAUUAAUUUUGAAACUCUUAAAGCACUGACAAAUUCGUUUAUUUACGGCAUAAAGAACCAAAACAAAAUAAAGGACAUCAGAGAACAACUGAAUAUGGAACUCUUCAAGAAAGUGCCAACGUUUUCUUAUCCUUUGAGGAAAAGACAUUUCCUCUUUAAAAGUGAAGCAAUAGGUAAAUGGUGUUUACCUUUUCCGGGAUGCGACGAAACGGUGUCAUUACGAAGUCAACUUUUUAAUUAUAAUUAUAAAAAUCAAAGACCCGUUCAAAUAAAGACAUAUUACAUAAUGUCCACGGUAAAUUUCUUCUCCACUCUUUUAUUAUCUUUACUGAUAGCAAUGUUUUCAAACUUAUCAAAUUAUUUACUGAAUUAUAUGAAAGAAGCCGACUUCACUUUUAUAUAUUGGGCAGAAGGAUGAAAAGAUAAACUGGGUGUCGAUGAGCAACACGUUGAACCACCUAACAGAUGUAUGAGAGUAACUUUAAAUGGAAAAGAUGCUUUUCAUGUUACUUCGCUUUGUCUAGUUAAUGCCGGCAUUGCAUGCUUAAAAGAGAGUGAAAAAAUGCCAGAAAAUGGAGGAGUACUAACACCGGGUUCUGCUUUAGAAGAGAUUUCCUUGUUAGAACGAUUGCAAAAAUCUGGACUUCAGUUCGUGAUUACUGAGAAUGACUUACUCUAAAUUUCAGUUUAUUAUUUUUAAAAGCAAUAAGCUUUUAAAAAUUGCAAUUGUUCGAAAUACCAUUAAAAAUACUAAAAAUCAUCAUAAAAGUUCAAUUGUUUUUAUAUAUUGUACUUGUGAAAUUGCUAAGACAAGACACUUUUCCUUAUCAACUGCAGUGAUAUUACUAUUAUUGUAUUGUUUUAUUUAAUAGAAUUAAUAUUCUGCUCUGAAUUAUCAAGAUUAUUUUGUGUUGUAAUUGUUAUUGGUUGAUUGUAUUAUUAUGUUGUAUGCCAGUAUAUACAGUCGACUCCCCUAUAACACUGUUGAUU